AAAGCAGACUAGAUCUAGAUCUAGUCUAGUAACGAAACAAAUUUAGAGUUAUCUACUCUAAAUCCAAAAUGGCAGCAACCGGCCAAAUCACAGAUCCUGAACUUGCUAACGCUUUUGCUGAGUUGUCCAUGAAAAAGAUUCAAGCAGAGAAUCAGAUCCGCCUAUCCAAUGCACAGAUUGAAAGCUUAAACAGGAAAAUUCAGCAUUCCCAGCUUGUUGAAUCUGAGGUGACCAGUCUACCAUCUGAUGUUCCUGUUUACAAGACUAUUGGGAGAAUGUUUUUGUUUCAAAGCAAGGAUGAAAUAAUUACAGAUUUAAAAAACAAACAACAGACAUUUGCUGAAAAAAUUAAAGUUCUAGAGUCAUCCAAAGAAUACCAUCAGAGAAAUAUGGAAGAAUUCAAAAACAAUGUUAGAGAACUAGUGAUGACCAAGCAAAAUACUCGCUGAUUGAUAUCCACAUUCACUUAUCCGCUUUUCGUAUGAUGUGUCUGUAUGAUUCAGUUAAUUUUUCUUGUUUAUGAUGUGUCAGUGUCAUCAGUGUGUUGUGUUUACCUGAAGUUGUUGUAUCUGAUGUUAGCUUAUGGCUAUUUUUUAAAUGAACCUGAAGAAGUAUGAUUGCCUGUUUUAUCAAACUGCAACUUUUUGAACUAACUUAUUUUAGAACUGAGCCUUUUUAAAAAUACUUUGAGGUGGUUAUGCGUGCUUUUAUUAGUUUUAAUCAUGAAUAAUAAGUAUUUCCUAUGUCAUUAUAGAUUUAUUUUUAAGAAUAAUUGUUAAUGACUGCUUAACUCCCUACUACAUUGUUUUAAUAAAACAAACAUGAUAUGAUGCAAAUAUUUCUUAUGUAGCAAACCAAAUGCUUUAUGAUACUGUAUAACCAUUCAAUCUGGUUUGAAUUGGCGAACAUCAACUUAGUAAAUAUUCUGUUUUCCAUAUGGUUUUUUGUAUUCAUUAAACCAAUGAAAUAAAUCUUUUGAUAUCAUUUUAAAUAAUUGUUA